AUGUUUGUUUGUUUAUUUAAUUGUUUGUUUUGUUUUGUUUUGUUGCAUAACAUAAGGAGUCCGAGUGGUACGGAAUUGCCCAAAGACAUUCUAAAUAAUCUUACAUUGUUCCAAAGGAAGCAGAAAAAAGGAAAUAUUGACGUUUGGUGGUUAUACGACGACGGAGGAUUAACAUUACUUUUGCCCUACAUAAUAAGCACGAGGAGUAAUUGGUCAAAUUGUAAGCUCAGAGUUUUCGCAUUGGCCAAUAAAAAGGAUGAAUUAGAAUUUGAACAGAGAAGCAUGGCGAGUCUUCUUGCAAAAUUUCGAAUCGAUUAUUCUGAUUUAACAGUUAUUCCGGAUGUAACGAAAAAACCUCAGGAAAAAACGGUAGCAUUUUUCGAGCACUCAUCAAGACAGGAGAAUCACAGAUGA